AGCGCUAAUGGAAAGGCUCUGACCGAUGGCAAUCGUCUACAAAAUAAAAAUCACGCAACCGGGCAAAGCAGCGACAUUGAGUGUGACAAAACUCGGACAACUAAAGUCGUUACACCUAUAUUACCGCCAGUGGAUAUUUCCUUCUGCGACUAUGAUGACUACGAUGACACACUCGCGUCAGUGUCGGAGCUAACUCACGAUGGACCCUUGGUAAGUUUAGCCACUGCUGAUGGAGCUGCCGAUCUGGCAACUGUCAACGCUAAACGUUUGUAUGAACGGGAAUUGAUACCAACGGAUGUCAAAUCUGAUGAACAAUUGGACUUUACACAAUUUGAAGCGAAAUUUAAUAGCAGCGUUGAAGCUUUGUGGAAGGAUGCUGGUAGUGAUGAGGAGAAGGGAUUCAAACCAAUUGGCAAUGGUAAUAAAAUGCAAGUAUUCGGCUUUGGCAGUGGCAGCAGCACACACUUUUCCGGUCCCGCUUCGCUGCCAUUCGAUGUGCCAUUUUCACAAAAUGUAAAAAAUUUCUGGGCAAACUAUUAUAAUCAUCAUUUUGAUUUGAGUAAAAUGUUGCCGACUAGCGUAAUUGGCCAGAAAGCAAAGGAACUGGAUGUAGUGAUGCAACGGAAAGCUAAUGAUAUGGGCAGAGGCGGUGCUUUCAAGCCUAAUGGUGGCUUUUUAAGUGAUGAUGCUCCUCAAAAGCCUAACAAUUUCUCUAGAGCCCCAGCUGACGUAACCAUAGCAGCGCCUACUACCACUAGCGACUAUUACUCGAUGCCCAGCAAUUUAGACAACUUGAACAAUGCGAAAUUACUGCGUUGCGGUAUGCGUCACAAAAGCGGCUGUAGUGACUGUAGCAUCGGUGCGGGUAUGGGCAGAGGUGGUACAAUUGGAGAAGAGCGAAAAACACCGGUGGCGCUCUUUUUACAGAGUUCGAUUUGGUCGGAAAAUGCUAAUCUGGAUGGUGGUGACACAGAUGAGAGUUUCUACUUUAAAGUGCACAACUCUGGCAAGCAAUUAAAUCAAUAUAACGCCGCUGGUAAUAACAGUAUGCGGGAACAGAAAAUGCAAGGCGGUUCUAAUACUGGUGGCAGCUUUGGUUUUACAGCUACGUAUACAUCGUCUAAAUGGUCAGAGGGCAUAAAUGCCGGACCGCCACAAAAUAAUUNCGGUACAAUUGGAGAAGAGCGGAAAACACCCGUGGCGCUCUUUUUACAGAGUUCGAUUUGGUCGGAAAAUGCUAAUCUGGAUGGCGGUGACACAGAUGAGAGUUUCUACUUUAAAGUGCAUAACUCUGGCAAGCAAUUAAAUCAAUAUAACGCCGCUGGUAAUAACAGUAUGCGGGAACAGAAAAUGCAAGCCGGUUCUAAUACUGGUGGCAGCUUUGGUUUUACGGCUACGUAUAUAUCGUCUAAAUGGUCAGAGGGCAUAAAUGCCGGACCGCCACAAAAUAAUUUGAUAAUGGCGCCACCACAGCAGAUGACACAUAAGCAGGGCACAAAUCUGAAGGAUAAUUUUAAUAUAUCUCUUAGAGGUACCGAUUGUACUGACUCCUCGCCCACUGCUUCAUUUUCCACCACUUCAGGCACUAAUUGGCAACAGACAAAAACCAAUGCAAACACUGAUUUGCAAAAUACAUGGCCACCUGGUAUAUCACCCAGCGUUGAAAAAAUACGCGAGACAAAUACAUCACAUCGUGCCCCGACACGUGACGCCAUCAUCGAGAACACGCCGACAGUAACACUUGCGAAUCAUUCGUCUGCAAACAGUGGCUUUAUUGAAUAUUCACGCAUCAAAUCAGUCCCACAGUUCCAAUUGUCCAGCCAAGACAAUGCAUCCAGCGCCAACUUAGCUAAGGAGCAACUUCCGCGAAAUUAUCCGCCCCAUGCCAAUAGCAAAGAACAACAACAGCAACGUUGUGCGCUCGAUAUGAUAGAUGAUAGCGAAAACCUAUUGACUUCCGAGCGCACACAUUUCCAUCCGAUUAGAUCGUACGUAGAUGGUCAUACCUUCGAUAUUUGCAGCGAACUAGAUGUCAUAGAGUAUGAACGUUCGGCUAGCGGCUAUCUUUACCUCGAGCAAGAUAAAUAUCUCGAGUAUACGCGAACGGACAAUUUCAUGGUGGAGGACGAUGGUGGCGUUGGCGCCUCAGCCAACCCACUGUAUGCAAAUUCAAAUUGUGAGGCUGCCACAGCCAGCGCCAGUGCAAAUUACAAAAACGCCAUCGGCAAUAGCAAAUCGAAACGAAUCGAACGAGAUUUUGUUAUCAAAUUCCGCCUGCAACGCACGGAGAUCGCUUGCCAAACGGAUGCAGAGCCCCCAACCGCACGUGCUGUGAUAACCGCAAGCAAACGUUUCAGUACAAUGAGUUUAACGGCAACAUCGCAGCCGCAUCCACUUAGCUUAAUUUUCUCGAAUGCGGCAAAAAAUUUGAAAGCGAACGCAGCUAAUGAACUUGUGUACAGCGAUACUGUCGAGGCAUUUACUCGCGCUAUUGCACAUUGCCCGCCACCACCUCCACACACGGCGAGUAACUCUACUUGGCUACCAUUGGGGGCUGCUGAUUUUGGCGGACAACAAUCGGCUAAUCGCAAUUGGAAAUUCUAUCAGCAGCAGUCCAAGGUGUGCAAAAAUACCAAAAAGAAUACGAGCAACCUGAAAAGCCACACUAAUGAUUACGAUGAUGAUGACGAUGAAGCUGGCUGCGAUGAGGUAGAUUUCUAUGGCAGUGCCGCUGACGUUGCCGAUAUGAACCAUCGUAGCGCCAUGGAAUUCAUUGAUACCGAUGUAGACAUGAUUAGUUUAGAACAACAAUGGUCCAUGAAUGAAAUACGCAAAAAGUGCAAAGAAGCUGGCCAUAUGGCUACCUAUGCAAGUGCGAAUAAUAAUAAUAAUGCCAGUGGUGCUGGUGAUGCCGCCGCCGACGGUGUCAUCGAAUCUGUUUGGGGAAUGUGUGCCGCCUGUAACAGUGAACUGAAAUCCAUACCGGCCAACAGGUUGCUGCGUGAUGAACUUCAAGUGGAGGCCGAUGAGAUAAUGAGCGAUCUGAAAUAUAUGCAAGAUUUAUACAUAGGACGUGCUGGUGAUGCAAAUGAUGCUGAUGAUGAAGAUGAAGGCUGUGCGGAUGAUGACAGUGGCGCCGACACGGUGACAAGUGACAGCGAUUGGUGUAACGAAGAUGUAACAGCCGAACUUGCGGAAGAAGGUUCAGUGAAGCCAAUGCCAAGUGUAGAACUUGCAAUACGUCAGGCAGACUCUACGAGCGCUGAUAAAGCAGUUACUCGCAAGCGACGACACUCGGCAUCACAAAAUUAUUUCCACGCGCAACUGAAUAAUAGCAUAGGCCCAGCUGCUGGCAAUAGCAGCGGUGGCAACGCGUCACUUAUGCAGAACAAUAACAACAAUGAAAUCGCCGAUUUAAAUAACUAUGUGUUGAAGUCGUCGUCGUCGAAUGCCAAUGAGUUGAGUUUUCAAAAUUUGCUUAACGUUUCGCUGCGUUUUGGUGCCGCUGCGGCCGCUGCCGUUGCCGCUUCUAAUGCCAAGAAAGAUAUUGUAUAUGGUUGCGAUGCAACUGCAGCGGCUGCAAGAAAUCAUACGAUCAUUACCUGCAAAUACCACUUGACUGCAAUCGAACCGCUGUCAAUGCACAAUGAUGACGAUGGUAUCGAUGAUGUUGGUUUAUUUGGUAGUGGUAACAAUGGCAGUGGCAUCACAGCGGCACCGCUUUCGUGCCUCAUCGACAAGAACCAAUCCAUAUUGAAGCAUGUAACCAUGGUGUCUCGACCGUUGACGCGUUAAAAUCAUCUUCAGGCUGUCUCAGUAACUAAAAAAAAAAAAAAGGUGCUUGGAAUUUGGAUCUUGUUGAGUGGAUCGGCAGUUAGCGUGGAAGAAUAAAAGCUCAAUCACUUUCUGAAAUAAAAUACUUCGGUAACAGCAACUACAGCAAUUCACAUGGAAUAAGCAAAUAAAAUCAGUCGAUCAGACGGCGGCGCACAUUAAAUGGUGUGCGCCGACGGUGUACUAAAAGCAAAAAAAACUCCAAUAUAUAUAGUAUAUAUGUAUAUACAUAUAUACAUAUAUACGAGAGAUAAUUCACGUUAAUUUUCGUAAAUUUAGUUACAUAGAACAGCAACUAGUAGCUUAUCGUUUAUGUGUAUAAAUUUAUUUAAUGCCUUACUUAGUUUCUUUGACUUUUUUUUUUUUAAAUGUUGUAAAAUAUUCAUAUACAUACUACUCUCAAACAUAUAAGGAAUCGCUUUUUGUAAGCAAUUAAAUAUAUACAUACACGCAAGCACACAUAGAUACGGGAACCCACUAAAAAUACUUACGUAUGUACAUACAUUUGUUCGAACUAUGUGUAGUAACGAUAUCAAGCAUUACAACUGUAUAUAACUUUCACUUCACUUUGACUUCAAUUUACUUUCGUUGGCGAUAUCUUUGCUUUAUCUUUUUUUUUUGACCCCAUCAGCAUCUAAUAUUCUAUUUCUUUUUUCAAAAUUUAAACAUUAAAAGCCCUUAAAAAGUUGAAUGCAACAAAAAAAAAAUAAAAAAUAUAUAUAAAUGUAUAGACCACCCACACGAAAAUAGCAAAAAAAUGUAAAAAAGAGUAAAAAAAAAAAUUAAAACAUGAAACAUUUCUGUAUGUAAACCUAAUAGUUCAUGUUAGAUUAGCUGCUUGUGCAAACGCGACAAAAUGAAAUACGUAAGUGUGUGCGACAAGUUUUAUAGUUUUCUUGCUAGCCGAUAGCUAGAGACGUCGGCAAACAUGCAAUAUAAAUGAUCGGGUUCAUUCAUGAAAUAAUACAAAAUUAAAAUUCACUUACACGUUGUGUACAAGCAUACAUAUGUACAUACAUACAUAUUGUGAAGAAGGAUGCGUACGCAAGCAGCAGAGUAGAAAACCCCGUCCCGAGAAAAAGUGAACAAAAUAAUAAUAAAACAUUUAAGCUUUAUUUAUUUUCCGCUUUGAAUGUGCUAAAGAACAAACUGAUUCGGAAUCGCGUUAGUACAAAAUUAAUUAACUGAACAACCAAGCGUUAGUAGUCAACGCAGCAACAUUUCACAAAUUAGUUCUCUAUGUGUUUAUACCUUAUUUCUUCCAGUCAACGAUUUUUGCUGAUCCAAUUGUCGUUAUUCUUUUUAAUGCAUAAAUUAGACCAGAAACAUAAAAUCUAUAAAUCUAGCUUUGUGCAUUUGCCUGCAUGGCAUUCUCGCCAAGUAAUUUGCUUUUCAGUCAAGUUUUGGCUAAAUCAAUCUACAAUAAUCUAAAUUUUUAUAGAGGAAAAAAAUUAGCUUGAACUCGAAAACAAUAUAUCGCACGUUUAAUAUAAUAUAGAGAUGUUUUGAUUGGUAUGAAUUGGAUAGCGAAAUAUUAAUACUUGUAAUUUUAUGCACACAGAGUGAUUCACUUAAAACUGAUGCGUCUCGCACAUUCUUUAGCGGAAAAUGUCAAGGUAAUAUACCAAUUCAAAUAAGUAAAAAUAUUUGAAGUUGGGCCAUUAACAAAAGAAACGAAAAAAAAUAUAAACGUGGUAAUAAACUCCAUCUCCAUUUACUGUGUAUAAAAAA